AUGAUGGAUAACUUAGCUAUUGUCGCGAAGGAGCUAGGUGAUGUGUCGGAUUUUGAGGUUGAUGGCAUCCCAAACCUCUCUGAGAAUGAUGUCAGCGAUGAGGAGAUUGAGGCUGAGGAGCUGGCCCGGCGGAUGUGGAAAGAUAAGGUCAGGCUCAAGAGGAUCAAGGAGAAGCAGCAGAGGCUUGCUUUGGAGCAGGCCGAACUGGAGAAGUCUAAACCAAAGAAGCUGUCUGAUCUAGCCCUUCGCAAGAAGAUGGCAAGAGCCCAGGAUGGGAUUUUGAAGUACAUGCUCAAGUUGAUGGAAGUAUGCAAUGCACAGGGUUUUGUUUAUGGGAUCAUUCCCGAUAAAGGGAAGCCUGUCAGUGGAGCAUCAGACAACAUUAGAGCUUGGUGGAAGGAGAAGGUUAAGUUUGAUAAGAACGGGCCAGCAGCAAUUGCAAAAUAUGAGGUUGAGAACUCUCUGUUGGUUAAUGCUAAGAGCAGUGGAACCAUGAAUCAAUAUAGCUUGAUGGAUCUCCAAGAUGGUACUCUGGGCUCAUUGCUUUCUGCAUUGAUGCAGCACUGCAGCCCUCAGCAGCGCAAGUACCCACUGGAUAAGGGUAUUCCACCCCCAUGGUGGCCCUCAGGGAACGAGGAGUGGUGGAUUGCUUUAGGCCUUCCAAAGGGUAAAACACCUCCAUACAGAAAACCUCACGAUCUUAAGAAAGUUUGGAAGGUUGGUGUGCUGAUGGGUGUGAUCAAACACUUGUCUCCGAAUUUUGAUAAGAUAAGAUAUCAUGUACGGAAGUCAAAGUGCUUGCAGGACAAAAUGACUGCAAAAGAGAGCUUGAUUUGGCUGGUUGUUUUGCAAAGAGAGGAGUAUGUUCACAGUAUUGGCAACGGUGUAUCAAAUACUCAUCUUGUUGACCUAGGGGACAAAAAUGAGAGUUCAUACAGCAGCUGUGAUGAGUAUGAUGUCGAUUGUAUGGAGGAGCCUCCUCAGUCUACAAUAUCCAAAGACGAUGUGGGAGUUCACCAACCAGCUGUGCACAUCAGAGAAGAGAAUGGCUCAAGUAGUGGGAACAAAAAACGUCAUGAUAAACGCUCAACUCAAAGGCUGCCUAGUACUAAGGAAACUAAAAACCCACCAAAGCGAAGAAGACAUACCGGACAGUGUUCUGUUGAUGGGUCUGAAGUUGAAGGAACACAAAGGAAUGAUAAUAUGCCAGAGGUUUUGAGCAACGCAAUUCCGGAUAUGAAGAGCAAUCAGAUGGAGGUGGUCUGUGUCGCUAACCCGUUGACAAGCUUCAAUCAUGCCGGUACAAAUGGAGGAUCUUUACAACAUCAAGGAGAUGUUCAAGGGAACUUUGUACCCCCUGGUGUUGUGGUUAAUAAUUACAGCCAGGCUGCAAAUAUUGCUUCUUCAAGCAUUUAUAUGGUCGACCAGCCAUUAGCUUCUGAAAGUAAUGAUUACACAAACUCCUGGCCUGGAAAUACUUUUCAACCAGACGUUGGUCUUGGAUCUAUUGGCUUUAGUUCUUCUUCACAUGAUUACCAGUCUUCUGCUGCAAAAGACUCAGUACCACUAUCUAUGGAUAACCAUGUGCCUGCCAUGGGAACAGGAGCUUUGAACAGUUCUUACAGUCAUAUGGCAGGUAGUGGGAAUUCAACUUCUGUUGCUGGUGGCACGCAACAGAUCAUGAGUGAUGCUUUUUAUAUUGACCCUGAUGAUAAGUUUAUAGGCAGUUCUUUUGAUGGACUGCCUUUAGAUUUCAUCGGUAUUAAUAGUCCAAUCCCUGACCUCGAUGAACUCGAUGAACUGCUGGAUGACAAUGACUUGAUGCAAUAUCUGGGAACUUACAAUAUAUAUGUAAUAGUGCUUGCUUCAUCUCUCUCUGUGGGCAGUUAUAUCUAG